AAAAUGAAAUUGGUUUAUCCUCCGACCCAAAAAGACAAGACUGUAGUUGAAGACUACAAUGGGACCAAGGUUGCUGACCCCUACAGGUUUCUUGAAAACCCUGAUUCCGACGAGACCAAAGCUUUUGUUGAUGCACAGAACAAAGUGUCUCAGGCCUACCUGGGAUCUUGUGAUCUACGUGAGACCAUUAAGAAAGAAUUGACUGACCUGUGGAAUUUCCCUAAGUAUGGAUGUCCUCACAAGAAGGGGAACAAGUACUUCUUCACUAAGAACUCUGGUCUACAGAACCAAAGUGUGAUUUAUGUACAAGACUCAUUGAAAGGUGAGCCAAGGGUGCUUCUUGACCCUAAUACCCUAUCUGAAGAUGGUACGAUAAGCCUGAAGAGCACCAAGUGGAGUGAUGAUGGGUCUAUCCUUGCCUAUGGACUCAGUCAGUCAGGCUCUGACUGGACUUCUAUGAAGUUCAAGAAGAUUGAAUCUGGAGAAGAUUUCCCUGAAACUCUUGAGAAAAUCAAGUUUUCUUCCAUAGCUUGGACUCAUGAUAACAAGGGUGUAUUCUACUCCUGCUAUCCUCACCAUGAUCCAUCCGGAGUAACUGGAAAAGAUACUGGAAGCCUAGAGAACAUGAAACUUUACUACCAUCUUGUCGGAACCAGCCAGGAUCAGGAUGUGCUUUGCUGUGAGUUCCCAGAUAAUCCCAAAUGGAUGUUAAGUGCCAGUAUUAGUGACUGUGGUAAAUACCUUUUUGUGACCACAUCUCAGGAUUGUAAAUACAAUCUUCUUUACUACUGUGAUCUGGAAGAACAAGCUAAGGAUGGAAUAACCAAGAAGUUUAAUUUGACGCCAAUGGUUCCUGAAGUGUAUGAGGCGGACUAUGAGUAUGUUGCAAAUAUUGGUCCCAAGGUCAUAAUUCACACUAACAAGAAUGCUAAGAACUACAGGCUUGUCUGCAUUGAUCUGAAUAAUCCCAAUGAGGCUGCAUGGGAAGACCUUAUUGCUGAGCAUGAGAAAGAUGUUCUUGAGUGGGCAACUGGUGUUGCUUUGGACAAGCUGGUCACUUGUUACAUGAAAGAUGUUAGGAAUACUAUGCAGCUGCGAAAACUAGCAACUGGUGAGAUCAUUCACAAUUUUGAGCUAGACAUUGGUAGUGUAACAGGGUUUAGUGGAGAUAUCAAACACACUGAGCUGAUUUACAAGUUUUCCUCUCAGAUUCAUCCCGGAACAAUCUAUCAUGUAGACCUGGCUAGUCCAAACCUCAACAAGGAAGUUCUCAUUGAACCACAAGUUAAUAAUUUCAAAACAGAGGACUACAAGCUGGAGCAGGUCUUCUACCCAAGCAAAGAUGGAACUAUGGUCCCCAUGUUCAUCAUGAUGAGAAAAGAUUUUGUACCUGAUGGGACAUCACCCUGCUUACUGUAUGGGUAUGGUGGCUUCAGCAUCAGUCUUACACCCUACUUCAGCACAACUAAUACGUUCUUUGUUCAGCACUUUGGAAUUAUGGCUAUUGCUAAUAUUCGUGGUGGGGGAGAGUACGGAGAAUCUUGGCAGAAUGGUGGUAGACAGGAGAACCUCCAGAACUGUCUCACUGACUUCCAGUGUGCUGGGGAGUAUCUGAUUAAAGAGAAGUAUACAACUAACUCUAAGCUCACUAUUUAUGGAGGCUCACAUGGUGGAAUGUUGGUUGGUGCUUGUACAAACCAGCGACCUGACCUAUUUGGUGCAUCAGUAGCAGCUGUUGGUGUAAUGGAUUUAUUGCGGUUCCAUAAAUUUACCAUUGGCUACGCCUGGACCAGUAACUAUGGUUGCAGUGAUGUCAAGGAACAGUUUCAGAAUCUACUCAACAUAUCCCCUCUUCAUAAUAUCAGGCCCCCUACUACUGGAGGAUACCCUGCUGUCCUCCUUCUCACCGCUGACCAUGAUGACCGUGUAGUUCCUUCACAUAGUCUCAAGUAUAUUGCCACACUGCAGGAGAAGAUGGGGAACAAUGAGAACCAGGAGAAUCCGUUGAUCAUCAGGGUUGAUACUGACGCAGGUCACGGGGCCGGUAAACCUACUGCUAAGUCAAUUGAAGAAUAUACUGAUAUCUUCUGUUUCUUGGCCAAGGCUCUGAACCUCAAAUACAGGAAGUAGGAGUUGAAUCCAGUUCAUCACAACAGUACAGUACAGUACAGUACAGUACAGUACAGUACAGUACAGUCCUAAGUCUGCUGUACACUAUGUGUACACUUUCCAUCUUCAAGAAUUAUAUUUAUAAGUCGUAUAUUUUAAAAAACAUUUUUGAUUAGAUUUGUGUCUUUUGUGACCAUUCAUGUAAAUCCAGGUAUUUUUUACUUGAAGUAUCCGUAAUUAACUUUUUUAAGAAAAUUGUGAUUUACACCUAAUUGUUUUUGUUCGACGAAAAUAUAAAUUCAAAAAUA